AUGAAUAUUAAACAUCAUUCAUUCUUUCAUAUCAAAUUGAAUUUGAUGCUAUUUAAUUACUAUUAUAAUUUCUUUCAAUUUUGGAUAGUAUUUUAUAUUUGUACAUAUCUACCUCAUUUCUAUGAUGGAUGUCAAAGUAUUGCAAAUAUAAAAAUUACUGAAUACUCUAAUGAACAAUUUAUAAAUCAAUCUAAUUUUAAUACAAUUCAUUCAUCAUGGCCAAUAAAUCCAAUUAAUUCACAAUUAUCUAUAAAUUUAAGUGAUAUAUUAUUACAAAAUUUACAUUUAUCUAUAGAUGAUAUAAAUGGACCAUUAUAUUUCUCAGAUGUAGAACAAAGUGAACCAUUUAUAAUACGUCGAAGAUUAAAUGAUGAUCAUUCAAAAUUUCCAUGGUAUGAAUUAACUUCAAUGAUUCCAGUAAAUCGUGAAACAAUAUGUGAUAUAAAACGUUAUCCAGAACGUAUAUCAAUUUCUCAAUUAUGUUGUUCAACAAAUACACGAACAGCAGCAACAACAAUAACAAACAUCGAAGCUAAUCUUCAUAGUAAAAAUAUGUAUACUUUUAAUGAUCCAUGUUGUAUGUUUUUAGAUAUUACUAUUUCAUCAAAAGGUACAUAUUUUCUUCGUAUUGAUAUUAAUGAUUUAAAUGAUAAUGCACCGAAAUUUCAAGAAUUAAUAUUUGGCAAAUCAUUAAUUAAUAAACAUGAUAAUUAUGGUAGAUUUGUAAUAAAUAUUAUAGAAAAUACACCUAACGGUAGAUGGAUACCAUUACCUAAAGCAACAGAUUUAGAUGAAGGAUUAAAUGCUUAUGUACAAUAUUCUAUCAAAUUACCAAAUAAUGAACCUGUAUGGAAUGAUUAUUUUAAAUUAAUAGAUAAUGUACAAAACAGCAAUAUUGACAAAAUGUCUAUACCUACAAAAGUUUAUUUGAAUACUGAUACUAAUGAAUUUAGUGCUUUAGCUACAGAUUACAAUGGUCCUGGAUUACUUAUAUUAAAAACAUUAGAUCGUGAAGAAAUUUCUAGUUUCUCAUUUAUUUUAGUUGCAACUGAUAUGGGACAACCAUUUCCACGAUCUAGUUCUUUAAAUAUAUGGUUACGAAUAUUGGAUGAAAAUGAUAAUCCACCAGUGUUUGAAAAAUCUGAAUUUCAUAUUGAAGUGAAUGAAAACAAAGCUGGUAUACCAUUACUUAAUAUUCAUGUAAAUGAUUCUGAUAUUGAUUCGAAUGCACGACUUAAUUAUUAUUUACGUACAGUGAAUGGAAUGAAUCAAGUUAGUCCAGAAUAUUUACGUAAUCAUAUACAGUUAUUACCAUCUGUGGAAGGUGUUAGUCUAAGAAUUAGCCAGCCGUUAGAUUAUGAAAUACAGUCUCAUUUCAUUUUUGAAAUAGUAUGUGUAGAUCAAGGUCAUCCGCCGUUGUCAGCAUCCGCUCAAAUUAAAAUUACUGUUUUAAAUAUGAAUGAUAAUGCGCCAAUAAUAAAAUUUUAUCAUCAAGGUCAACCAUUAGAUUCGAAUUAUGCUCAGAUAAGUAUCUAUGAAAAUGAAUUUAGCAAUUAUUCAAAAGAAAAUCAAAUCUUAUGUCAUGUGCAUGUAACAGAUUUAGAUAAUGAUUUAAACAGUAUUCAAUGUUCAUUAGAAGGGAAUAAAAGUAAACAAUUUGAGUUAAAAGAAGUUAGCACUAACAGACUUGUACAAAAAAGAAAAAUUUUUGACUUGACAACAGUUAUGUUAUUAGACAGAGAAGUUGUACCACAGCAUACACUUAUAGUUAAAUGUCAGGAUGGUAUGACAGAAUCUAGUUUAGUUGGACGUAAUCAGUUACAUAUCAUUGUGAAAGAUCGUAAUGACAAUGCACCAAAAUUUACUCAAGAACAUUAUAUAGGUCACGUGAAAGAAAACACUGCAAACACAGUUGUCACACUGAUAAAUUCGAACACUGAAACAAUGGUCAACUCAUAUCGAAAUGUGAUACAUGCUACUGACUUGGACAUAGGUUCUAAUGCACAAAUAGCUUACUCAUUGAAGUCGUUGUACCUCCCUGACUAUAUCAAAUUUGUACAAAAUCACACGAAGGAAAAUGAACAAAGUUUAUUAUUAUUCAUUAAAAAUCAAACACAAAGCAUUACUAUUUCAAACGACCGCAAAUUAUUGCAGAAUUCCACUGAAGACAUUGUGGAACAUCAGACAAAACGCUCAUUAUCUUAUGAUACACAAAAAGAUGUGGAAAAUUUUUACAUAGAUCCAAUUAGUGGUCAGUUAAGAACACGCAUGGAACUAGACUGUGAACAACAAAACGUGUAUUAUUUUGCUGUGAUUGCAAUUGAUCAAGCGGUACCACCUGAGAAAAGACAUUCCACUACGGCUCUUGUAACCGUCAUAGUUGAUGACGAAAAUGACAAUCCACCAGUUUUAGAACAGCAUCAUUAUAUUUUCGAUAUCUCGGAAGGUUUACCACGUCAUUCAUUGAUCGGUCAAAUUAAAUCGACUGAUGCAGAUCGAGAUAAAGAAAAUCGAUAUAUUACGUAUGAAAUUCGCGAUGUAGUCAACAUAAAUGCAUCAAAUUUCAUUUAUGUGGAACAAAAUACUGGGAUUAUUUAUUCAAGGAAAUUCUCGAUCUAUACUGUACAUGUUGUUGCACAUGACCGUCCUACUGAUCCAACAAAGUCGUUAAAAAGACGUUAUGCUGUUCGCAUUCACAUUGUUAACGAACAAGUUUCUACGAUUGAAUCACAAACAAAUUUGCUGAAGAACACAGAUUUUGAUUCACCGCCCGUUUCUAGAGAUACGCAUUCAACUAAAUGGCUUCAACCAGUACGUUUAAAUGGAAAAGAUAAGAAGGACUUAGACUUCGAAAAGCGGUAUCCUAAAAUUGUUUCCAGCACUAAUAAUGCGUAUCAAUCAUAUCAGUCAACUAAUAUACUAGAUGAGUCUCAACAGCGGUACGGUUUAAGUACAAUAGCUAUUGUGGCAGCACUGAUAUCUGUGGGUGGACUGCUUUGCCUCUUGUUAAUUGGUGUUGUAAUUGCUAUGAAACGAAUAGUACCCAGGACGCAUAAUGAAAUCCCGAUACCUUUACAAAAGAACAAUGAUAGAGAAACAGAUCGUUCUGGAAUAUCUGUAUGGAAUAUGACAUCUUAUCCUAGUACUGAAUAUACAUUAGACAUGGAAUCAGGAAAAAUUAUAGAGCAUCAUUUAGGACGUCAAACUGGUAAAUAUCUAAAUCCUGGUUCUAAUAAGUCAUUUGGAGGUGAUUCUGCGAAUCACUUAUGCCAUCCAACUUAUCCUUCUACAACUCAUCCAUUAAAUAAUUCGGCUCAAAGAUUUUCACCAGUUAGUAUAAGUUCUUUAUAUGGUUCUGUAAAGUAUAAUACACAACCUUUCAAGAUUCCAACAACAUUCAAACCUACAACAAGACAAAUUUCCAAAGACAUUUCAGUAUGUGACGGAUCUCAGACAGGAUUAACUACAAAACACAAUUCCACACUGUCAAAAUCAUGUGACGAAUUGAGAAUAGUUACAGGACCUAUGAAUAAUUUAUGCGUUCAGAAUCAAACUACUCCAUCUUAUGAAGAACAGAUAGCGUUGAAUACUGAUCAUUUAUAUGCCAUGAAAUGUCAAACAAUCAAAUCUAAAUAUCAAGAGCUAAAUAAUAAACAAAACCAUAACAUAAUCUCAGGUGAAUACAAUAACCAAUUAAAUGAUAAAAAUGAACAAAGAAUAUGGCUUUUGUCUAGUAAUAAAAAUGAUAUUAAAACUAAUAAACCUGGUAUAUUGUUAUCACCUGAUGAUAUUUCAGAUUAUCAAAUAUUAGAACAAAUGAAAUAUCCUUCAAUAUUACGUAAAUCGGAAUGCUAUGAAAUAAUGCCCAAUUCCUCUAAGAAUAAUGAUACUAAUUCUAAUAAUUUAUUUCAUGAACAACAGGAUAAUUCACAAAUUAAAAAACAAAUUACUGGAUAUAAUCAACAGUCUACAGCUUUAUUAUCAGCUCGUUCUCUAAAAUGUUUAAACGUACAAAAAUCAUUUGUUUAA